CUGCGGAGGCCAGAAUCCGGUGAAUGGGCAGGGAAGCGCCACCUUGGCCGACUUGCUCCUUCUUUGCCUUCUCCCUUCCCUCCGGCUCUCUUUCCCUCUCGUUCCUUUCUUCUCCUGCAGCUGCCAGGAGGGAGGGAGGGCGGGCGGGCGGGAGGAGGAGGAAGGAGCCAGAAAGGCCUUUGUUUUCUCCCUCCUCCUCCUCCUCCUCCUCCUUCUUCUCUUCAGCAGGAGCAGCAGCAGAACCUUGAAAACUUUCGGCCAGAGCGAGAGGGAAGGCAAGGCAAGGCUGAAGGGAAGCCUCCUCCUCAGUCAGUCCAAGUCGAGGGCGGCGCAGGUGCGGCAGGAGGAGAAGGGAGAGGCGGGCAGGCGGGCGCAUGGAGGGGGUGUGAGGAGCCGCCUUUGUCCCCCGGUGGCCCAUGGCUGAAGCCCGGAGGCUCGAGGAAGACGAGGAGGAGCUGAAGGAGCUGGGCAGGAGGCACCACAGGAGAGGCAACCUCAACCCCGCCGCAGAUCGUUCUGAGAGAAGUAAAUCUGACCAUCGCUCAUCAGGCCAAGGUCCUCUGUCAUCCAUUAAAGCCGCAAUCAAGAGAACUUCUCGGACAUCUGGCCACAGUGAACAACAAAGAGACAGAAGACGCCCAGAAAUCACAAUAGUUGCAGCUGAGCCACUUGGGCCAACCUCUUGGUUUCCAGGUAGAAAUCGCAUCCCUCAACAAGGACUAGUUUGGAGAACGAAUGACCUUGUUCCAGCAGAGCCUCCUUCAUAUGAACAGGUAAUCAAAGAAAUCAAUCAAGUACAAGUCAACACGACCAGCAACAAUAAUGCUGCCAGUGGUGCUUAUUCUAGAAAUACUGCUACAUCUUCAACACAAACUGACUUUCCAGAAGAGAUAAUCAGCAGUUUGCCAGGAAUAAAUGUGAAAAGUAAUCUGCAUGCUCUUUCCGAACACAACAACACUCUAGCUGUCCAAAUUCCUCGCAAGCCACCUAGACCUACAUCAUCUCUGCUAACUAGCAAUCAUCCCAUAAAUGCAGAACUCUUAGUUGUCUUGGAAGACCAGUCAAGCCAGGAGACGCCUAAUGCUGUGAUACAUCCUGUGCCAAAACCAAGAUCGAAAGGCAAUCUGAAACCUGUUGUCAGAGAUACUCAAAAUAAUACUCAAGGCAAUCAAGUAGAAACAAGGCAGUCUGAGACUGAAAAGGAUACACCCUCAAUUCACUUGGUCUCACUACUAGAUGACGACUUUUGGGACAGUUAUAUGGUGAUGGAAGACAUGGAUACGGACAAGACUGAAAGUAGUAUAGUGUCACGCAUUAAAGCUUUUGAAUCGCAAACUAGUACGGAAACUUCAGGACUAACUAAGAAGCCAGAAGUAUCGCCACGCUUGUUGGGCCCCAAACCUAUAGUGAGUGCAAAAAAACCUGUAGUGGCGCCAAAGCCAGGAGCUAACAGAACUUCAGGUGAAUGGAAUUCAUGGACAGAAUCCAAACUAAAGGCCAUUUCCCAAGAGAGGCCCCUUCUGCUUCAGGACACUGGGAGCAAUGUUAUAACCAAGCCUGAAUUGCCAAAGAAACCUAAACCAGUCAUUACAAAAAGCAGCAGCAAUGGGAUACUCAAUCCAGGGAGCAGACCAGCUUCAGAGAGUAGUGAAGGACAGAGAAAGUCUCCUGUUCCUACUCCUAGACCACUUGUUCCCAAGAAAUCUGUCUCUUUUGAAAGUCCUGGUCUUCCUCUACUUCCACUUAAACCAGUAAGUGCCACUCCAAAGCUUUCUGUAGCUGCUCAGACAAGUGCCUUCAGAUCCCUGGCAGAGGCCCCAGGAAGUGGCCUCUCAACAGCUCCAGUGCAAAGUGCACCAUGUGUAGAGGGAGAUCUAAUUAACUUUGAUGAUGAUUUCCUACCUGUGAACUCGGAAGCAACUCUUCAAGAACUUACACAGUCAGAGUCAGAUCUUUUCAAUUUGGUUUCUAAACCUGAGCCUGCAAAAGAACCAGUAGUCCAACCAGCUGUUGCCAGGAAGCCAACUGUAAUCCGAAUCCCAUCUAAAUCAGCAAAAAUUUUAAAUGAACUUAUAGAAAAUCCUCCUCCACUUCCUACUGAGAAACCAAUUGGGAACACAUCUGGGAUUUCAGCUGGAAAACUCGACAACAACAAAACUACAAAAAAAGUGGAAUCUGAUUAUUCCAAUUUGACACAGUUAUACAAGAAUGAACCUUUCAUGCCCCCAAGGCCUGAUGAGGGAAAAAUUGUGCCAGCUCGCCCUCCUCCUCCUAAGGGUGCUCCAGGAAGACCGCCGCCACCAAAGUCCACCAAAUCUUCAUCCCAAACUGACAGAUUUUCCCGUUCAGUAUCGGACAUGGCUCUACAUAAGAAAUCGAAGGCAUUUGGGUUAGAAGCCAAACGAACAAAGAGUGAGGUCAUUAAAGAUCAUGAUCCAGCUUUACCUCCUCGACCCAAACCAGGUCAUCCUCUGUACAAUAAAUAUAUGCUUCCUGUGCCCCAUGGAAUUGCCAAGGAAGAUAUUCCUCCCCAAAGUACUGGACAUCUCACUUGCAAGCAAGGAGAUGUGCUUGUGCUGAUGGACAAGAUUGACAACAGUUGUGUUGAAUGUCAGAAGGGAGAAGGAAAAGGCAAAGUUCAGUUGUCCCAAAUGCAGAUAAUAACUCCACUGGAUGAAAGAUUAAAAAGCAGACAGAAGGAUUCAGACCAUAUGCAGAAUGUUUCUGAUCCAAGUGUUCCUCAUGCAAAAGUGCUGCAUAAUUUUAUAGCAGAGCAAACUGGUGAUUUGAACCUCAGCUCUGGAGAGAUUGUUUAUCUUCUGGAAAAAAUAGAUGAUGAGUGGUACAGAGGAAAAUGCAGGAACCACACAGGGAUUUUUCCUGCCAGUUUUGUCAAAGUUAUUGUUGAUAUUCCAAGAGAAAACAACAGAAGAAAAGUACACUUUUCAUCGCCAAGUAUCGUAGGGCCUAGAUGUAUAGCUCGAUUUGAAUACAUUGGAGACCUCAAAGAUGAAUUAAGCUUUGCAGAAGGUGAAAUCAUAAUGUUGAAGGAAUAUGUAAGUGAAGAGUGGGCCAAAGGAGAACUGAGAGGAAUCUCGGGAAUUUUCCCCUUGAACUUUGUUGAAAUCAUUGAAGAUCUACCUGAACCAGGUGGUGGAGCACCCCUGAAAAACAAGAAUCCUGCUCCUGUUAAAGAGUCGGAUGGACAAGCUGGAGAGUGGUGUGAUGCGCUCCAUGAUUUUACAGCGGAAACCCAGGAAGAUUUAUCUUUUAGAAAAGGAGACCGCAUCUUGAUAUUGGAUCGCUUGGACUCAGAGUGGUGCAGAGGGAGACUAAAUGGAAAGGAAGGGAUUUUCCCUGCUGCAUUUGUCCAAGUUUGCUCAGGUGUGCGGGUAUCAGAACCUCCAAAUGUAAAAAAAGGAAAAGCCAAGGCCCUGUAUGACUUCCAUGCGGAGAACAUAGAUGAACUCUCCUUCAAAGUUGGUGAUAUUAUAACAGAACUGGAAUCUUUAGAUGAAGAAUGGCUGAGUGGGAAACUACGUGGCAAAUCUGGAAUAUUUCCAAAAAACUUUGUCCAGAUACUAGAAUUUUCCUAAGGUUGAAACAGUUUUGAACAAUCUGCCAAUACAAAUGAAUACCUUAUUAGCACAAAAGCACAUUAUACGCUGGGCGACGGAGGUUGCCAUUUAUGAUCAUUUGAUCAAACUUUUUGACUAUCAAAUGCAUUUUUGCACUAUUUUUAUAUUAAAAACAUUAAAUUGUAAAAUACUUUUAUUUUCCAGUUCACACUUACAAGCAUCCCCCCUGCCCCCCCAUUUAUUGUUCCAAGAAACAGAAUUUGAUACAGAACCUAUUUAAACUGAUUGUAUUUUAGCCAUUUUAGCACUCUUCAAGUACAACUGCACAUUCAAAGACUGCUUGAAUUGCAUCUUUUCAUUUCUGAUGCAAAUAAUAUGGUACAUUUUCUCAGUAAACUCUUAACAGCCACCGUGUGAAAGCAAUACAUCAUGUAUAGUAUUAUCAGUGUAAAGUACAGGGUUUGGGGGUUUAUUUUACCUUUUCUUUUACUCAGGCCAAGUAAAUUACCCAUUGCUUAAUGCAUCACUUAUUUUAUGACAGAAGAGAUUAAAAUAUCUUGAAGCAGCAAGAUUCUCUGGAAUUAGUUACAUAGCUAUCUGAACAGCCUAUACUUUACAAUGGAUCAGAGCAUUUUUGUCUGAUUGGUCCCUUAUUAUUUACAGAUACUGAUUCUCUGAGGUCUUAAAACAGUUGUAUUUUCUGUUGUCUGCUAGAUGAUUCUUUUAACCUAAACAUGGAAAGGAUUGAACCUAAAAUGAAUUAUAUAAAUGACAUAUAUUUUGCCACUGAGCUGGCUUGUUGCCCCAUUUAUUUUAACCAGGUAAAUUUCAAGGAAAGGUCUAUGUGGGCAAUGAGAUGCCUCUAUCUAUUGUUUUUAUAUCCAGAAGGCUUAUGUAUAGAUACAUGUUUCUUGUAUCCUUCAUUCUUUUAUCAUUAUAGAUUUUUCUAAAUCAUGUAAGACACUUGUCUUUUCACCAAGUCUGUUUUCAAGAACCAUGUUAUAUGUAGAAAGUAUGUGGUGUUUCAUCUUUGGAAGCAGUGAUAAGCGUAUGUUAAACAAUGUCUCAUUGCCAUAGCUGCUUA